GUUAUUGUAUUCUCAUUUUAAAGUACCUGUUUUUAUUUCUAAUAGUGAUUUGCAUAAUAUAUUGUAGAAUUAUUAAAGUUUACUCUAUCAACUGAUAGUUUCGCCGGUCAAGAAAUAAGAUUGGAGUGGAAAAUUAAAUUACGAAGGUGGAUUAUAAGAAACCUUGAUGGAUGGUUUAAUUUCUAAAGCAUCCUAGCAAGAAAGGCUAGAGGGUUACCAAAUUCUUCCAAUAAAAAUAUCAAUGAUAAGAAGACGAGAGGGGAUCUACAGAUCUGGAUUGCAUCAUACGACAUAUCUUUGAUAGAAUCCGUCUCCAUAAAAUCAAAAAGAGUAAUUACCCCAAGGGAUUAAUUUAUUCCAUUUAAACGUUUGAGUGUGUGUGUGUGUGAUUUCUUACAUAUUUGUGAAUAUUUAUAUACAUUUUCUUAAAGCCGAAAUUUUAUACUUAUGAUAAAUGUAGUAAAGCAUAUCCACAGGAAUGGCAUUUAAAGACUUGUCAUACAAGUGAAAACUGGUGAUUUUAAUUAGUGAACAAGAAAAUUGGUUUAUGAACAUUGUAAUUUUGUUCGUAAAAAGAAAGUUACAUGCUUGUCUCUAAAUAAUUGUUUUAGAGCUAAUUGCUUUAAAAAGGCAUUUUCUUAUUAGUUGCACAAUGGAGGAGCCUUACGAGUGUGAUUUGUUCAGGCAAGCUUUUUCCGAAGAACAAAAUUUAAAGGAGAAUUCAACGACUCAUCCAAAAGAGAAACCACACAUUUGUGGAAUUUGCAAGAAAGCUUUUUCUCAGUUUUCUUACUUAAAGACACAUGCACAAACACACACCGACGAAAAGUCUUUUGUAUGUGAUGUGUGUUCUAAAGCAUUUUCUCAACAGCGUUAUUUAAAGAAACAUUUGCUGAGACAUACGACCGAGAAGCCAUUUUCAUGUGACUUGUGUAAUAAGUUGUUUUCUGAUAAGUCAUAUUUAUUAAGUCAUUUACGUAGGCACACAAAAGAGAAAUCUUUUGUAUGUGAAGUUUGUAAUAAAGCUUUUUCCGAAAAGGCCAAUUUAAAAACACAUUCACGGAUUCACACGAAUGAGAAACCUUAUUUGUGUGAGGUGUGUAAUAAAAAAUUUUCUGACCAGUCUUGUUUAAAAAGUCAUUUGCGUACCCAUACGAACGUGAAACCUUUUGUAUGUAAUGUAUGUAAUAAAGCUUUUGCUGAAAGGUCAAAUUUUAGAACGCAUUUACGGACGCAUGAUGUAGAAAAGCAGUUUCCAUGUAAUAUGUGUGAGAAAAGAUUUACUGAAAAGUCGUAUUUAAGAAACCAUAUACGAACACAUACAAAAGAAAAGCCUUUUAAGUGUACUUAUUGUAGUUAUGCAAGUUCGGAUAGGUCGGGUUUAAAAAGUCAUUUGCGUACACAUACACAUGAGAAACCUUAUAUAUGUCAUAUAUGUAAUAAAGCUUUUUCUACCAAGUCGAUUUUAAAUAAUCAUAUGCGCACACAUACGAAAGAAAAACCAUUUGCAUGUGACAUUUGCAGCAAAACUUUUUCGCGACCAGAUGACUUAAGGGGGCAUGUCCGUACGCAUACAGAUGAGAAACCUUAUCCAUGUCCCAUUUGCAGUCGAGCAUUUUCUAGGCAACAUCAUGUGAAGAGACAUUUACGAACACAUACAAAAGAGAAGCCGUUUGCAUGUGACAUCUGUUAUAAAGCAUUUGCUGAGCGUGGUAGAUUGAUCACACAUUUACGAACUCAUACAAAAGAGAAACCGUAUACAUGUGACUUAUGCACUAAGGCAUUUUCCAACAAUUCGGGCUUAAAGAGACAUUAUCAAACGCAUGCAAACGUGAAAAAACGUUUUAAAUGCGAUGUAUGUAAUAAAUUAUUUUCUGAAAAGUGGAAUUUAAAAACGCAUUUAAAACUACAUGCAACAGAGGAAUUGUUUGCUUGUGAACUUUGUAGUGAAAAAUUUUCUCUUUCAGAAUCUUUAAAGGAACAUUUGCUGACACAUACUGUUGAGAAUGAAAAAACAUUGCACCUGUGAUGUUUGAUGAAGCGUUUUCUCAGAAAAAUCAUUCCAGAAUUUUUUUUAUUAUUAUUAUUUAUUAAAAAGAAAUAUAUUUGUGGCAUAUGAAACUUGAAGAUUCCUUUAAAUAUAUUGUUUGUAUAAAGCAUAAGACAACAUUUAAAAUGAUAUAAAUUAACUGUCUAUUUCCUGUUUUGACGUGUAAAAUGCUUGAGAUAUUGUCAGUGAAUCAUUUCACUAGAAUAGGUGCAGUAGUUGGUCAGAUGUAUAUCACAAAACUAUAACUUUUUUUUUCUCAUAUUAAAACAUUUACUGAUGGACAUCAGAUAAGGAAUUUUCAUUUGUGAAAUGUGCACUAAAAAUGGGGGAAAAAAUUUAGUGUUAAUGAUUCAUCUUUAGAAAUAAAUGUUUCACCUAUAACAGAUGGAAUAUACAUACUAUUUUAUUGGAGAUUAGCUGGUACCUAACACAUUGCUGCCGUAGAAGAAAUAAUUUUAGAAAUAUCAUUUAAAAUAACCAUCUUGUUAAUUUAGGAGUGAUAGAAAGAAUGAUAUUAAUUUUCUUGUCGACAAUGAAUACAUUUAUUGAAAUUGAAUUGAUUAAGGAGAAGUAUAAAUAAUAUUUAUUCUAUUUUUUUUUAUUUUAUUAUUUAAUUAUACUUAGGGUAGAAAAUAUUUUUUUGUUUUUCCGUCUUUAGCAAAAACAAAUUCUUGCUUCUGCUUGCCUGUGACUUACCCUUAAAGUAUGUAAAUGAGCAUUUGAUGUAUCCUGCAAUUAUUUCAUUUUGCUUAUUCCCACAUAAGAAAUUCUGAGGGAGUGUAGCGAAGCAAAAUAUUUUUUCCUCGCUAAUGCCAUAACCAUAUGUUCGCCAGAAUUCAGUUAGGAUUGAGCAUAAUGACUGCAUUAAUUAUAUUGGUAAUUAAUAUCAUACAUUUGAAUUUUAUUUAUUAUUCGUUAUGUAUUAUUAUUAUUUAUAGCUGUUUGUUAGAUGUAUGUGUAAAUUUUUGUAGCUGUCCAUGUAUUCUGUUUCGUAUAAAAUGUAAAAAGCCAUGAAAAGAUCUGUUUUACUUCAUUCUGGAAAUCAUUUUGUGUGAAUAGAUUUUUCCUGGAUAUACAUAUUUCAUGUUUGUAAUAAAGAAAUCUUCACAAUUUUUUUUAACACUUCUAAAUUUUGGUUGCAUUGAAUUGUAUUUCAACUAAUAACCACACAUUGUAUUUAUUUUUUUUUAUUCAAGUGCAUUUAUUAACCAGAAAAUUUUGUAUUAAAAUGUUCCAAAAACAUUCAAAUGUAACAAUUUUAUUUGUUAUAGACGUUUACAAUUUUUGUUAGUAAUAUUUGGUAAUAUUGUUUAUCAUUUGAGAAAUUGUGAGUUUAUUCAGAAUAGAUUAGAGAAUUUAAACAAUAAGCUGAUCAAAAUCUAUAUUUAAUACGAACUAAGCGAAUAAAAAAGCAGAACAAAUUCAAGAACUGCAAAAUCCAUUUGUUGUGUACUGUUCGCUUUGUAAGAAAAUAAUAAGGCGAAGUAAUAUGGGAAAAAAGGCACUUACUAGUCAUGCCAAAAAAGAGAAACAAAAUUGUGUGUCAGUUCAAAAUAGUUGUAGCUAAUAUUAGACUUUGUCUCUAAAGGAAUGAAGGAGAAGGUGAUAUGUCAAGUCGGAAAACAUCAACUUUAAUGUCAAAAAAUAAACCAAUUCCAUACUUUUUAGUUAAAGAACAAUAUUUAAAGCCAUAUUUUUAUGGGCAUUAAAACUUGUUACGUCAGAUUAGUUCUUAAAUGCAUUCAAUAAUAUAUCUUAAAUAUUUGCACAUAUGUUAACUAAAAGUGAAAUUGCUGAAAAAUUUAAUACCUUAUUUAUUGAGGGUUAGCUCUCUGAAACUGAUAGCUGAAAAAUCGAUGCCCAAAUAUAUGAC